AUGUUGAAACAGCGAAAUGGGCAGCGGCAAGAGUCUCACCCAACACAGGAAAGCGACGAACAGCCUCCGUCAGAGCGACCAUCACCAGGCUCUCCUCACCAAGAGGAAGCAUCACCCAGCUUACAGGCCUCGCCAUCACAACAGACUCCUCCGCCGGACGACCUCACAGGCCAAUCUACUGAUAGUAGUCCGACACCUGUCCUUACUGAGUCUACUUUACCGACUACCGUUACGGAUGGUGUCACCAUUGCGGCAUCGGAUCCGGACCAAGGCAAUCAACAUGAAGCCCAAGGGGAGCUGAUGAGUGAUGUGUACGAUGAGUCCAUGCUCGACAACAUACAAGGCUUCGUAUCCUACCUGUCAGCCCAUGGUCCGGCUAUGGCAACCUCGCAUCCCAUCGAAAAGACGUGGGUCUCGGCUGAGCCACCAUAUCCAGUGAUCGGCCACGGUCACGGUCAGCGCUGUAUCACUUGCGGCCGAUCUGAUAGCCGCUUGUUAGAUGACGCGCCCAUCACGAUCCCGAUAGGCCACCACACAUCGACCGGGAGCAUGUUCGCUCUUGAACCUGUUCGUCGUCUGAUUGGUGACUACCCACGAGACUUCUUCUACCAGGUUGAGACAUGCCGAACAAGCAUCCCGGAACUCAGCGCUAGACAUGACUUGUCACUCCUCCUUGCGUCCGUUGACUUCAUUGGCGGUGCAACUGAUGGUCUCAUUUCCAGCUACUUCACUAACAUCAACUCUACAUUCCCCAUAUUGGACAAGACGUCCUUCACUGAUCUCUUUCAUCGUACCCUGCGAGGUGAUCAGUGCGAAGACGUCGAUGCCGCAGUCUGCCUGGUCGUCUUGGCCCUUGGGAAGCUGGUCAAUUCCAACAGCGAAGAUGCCGGCUCGACGAACCACUCGUACGGUCUCGAAUACUUCAUCCCCGCCUACCAGAUAUUGACAACGCAGUGGGUUACCUCCUUCGGCACGGAUCUUUCUCUACCCACUGGCCUGGUCCUUUCUGCCAUCUACAUGUCUUGCCUCGCUCGACCACUCCUUGCUUGGAAGCUUGUGUACAUGGCUUCGAGUAAGCUGCAAAUGAUGGUGCCAAGCCGAAAUCAGGGCAGCGUGGCCUUUUCCAAUGCAGAGAAUGAAACCGUCGGCCGCCUCUUCUGGGCGUGCUUUUUACUAGAGUGUGACAACUUGGCUGAGCUGCAUGUCCCACCAAGCGGCAUCGAAAUUGACAUUGACCGCAUGCAGUAUCCCCGGCUCAGCAGCCCCGAUGAAAGAGACGGACUCGUAUUUCUUGCUUUGUGCUCGGUACGCGGCCUUCUCAAUCGCAUCCAUAAUGCAGUAUACGCGUCGGGGAGCCAGGCCCCCCUUCAGCCAGCAAGCACUCCCAGCUACACCGAGAAUGACAACUCGGCCGGGUCGCCAUCGCUAUCGACAAUUUGCUCACUUGAAAGGGUACUGAAUGAGCUCUCACGCCAGCUGGAGGUGUGGUAUCACUCAUUACCCGACAGCAUUAAGCCAGAUCUGAGUCACAACGUGCCCACUGAUGCGCAUGAGGCUUCGCUGCGGCUUCGAUACUGGUCAGCCAGACACAUCAUCUCGCGCCCAUGUCUUGUCUAUAUCUUGUCUGUCAGCACGGCUGACGAGGUCCCCACGUACGUCUACAAGUAUGCCGAGACUUGCAUUCAGAGCUGUCGCAACUACAUCGAAACCGCUCUGCAGGUCUUGACCAAACGUACCCCAUACGUGUGGGCAAUAUGCCAAGCGUGCCUGGCAACAUCUUUUGUGCUAGCUACGUCAUCGGAGUCACUGAUCUUGAAGCACCUGGUUCCCGAUAUCGAAGGCAUCAUCUCUCGGCUCAUCGUGGGCAUGCAGCGUUGGGCGUCACCCGAGUCCAGCAUAGAGUCAAUAAUUUGCAUCCUACAGUCCAUCCAUCAAAAGCAACGACUGGCGAAACUCAAACGAAGACAUCCGUCCUCUUCGAUGGGCUGA